AUGGAGAACGUGGACGAGACGAACAGUGAUGUUGAGGAGGACGGGGGGAUGCCGAGCGAGCAGGAGGGGGAGGGGGAGAUGGCGGUCGAUGGAGGCACAGACGACUGGAACGGCUUUAUUUUAGGGUCGGCACCGGGUGAAGCAGAGAACAGGGAGGUGGUGUCAGCAUGGAGACCUGGAGAACCGGUGAGCCCACAGCAUGUCCUGUGGCUGAACAGCUACACCCAGGAUUACCUUUGUUCACCUGAAGACAACAUCUACAACGUCAGCUUCUCUCGGUUCAAGAUCCGGGACCUGGGCAGUGGAGCGGUCAUUCUGGACUUCAGGAAGCACUGUUCUACUGAACGAACACAAAGAAACUUCAGAGACGUAGAGCCUGACGUGAGCAGAUUCAUCCAGUAUCACUUCUCUCCAGCGUUCCUCGCCCUCAGAGAGAUCGGAGCUACGUUAGAGUUCACCGUGGGCAGCAGGGCUCUCAGCCGCUUCCGGCUCAUCGAGAGGCAUUUCUUCAGAGACCUCCUGCUCAAAACCUUUGACUUUGAGAUCGGCUUCUGCAUCCCGCACAGCCGGAACACCUGCGAACACAUCUACUGCUUACCUGAGCUGGAUCCAGACACGGUCGAAGAAAUGAUCGCCAACCCGUUCGAGACGCGCUCGGACAGCUUUUACUUCGUCAACAACAAGCUGAUCAUGCAUCAUAAAGCAGAAUACUCCUUCAGUCCAAAGAGCGAUUAG